GGAGUGAAGAGAGACAUGGCGUCGACAAGCCGCGGAGAUGCUCUAGCCCUUCCCAGAGUUCAGUGUCCCAACCACCCAGAUGCCAUACUGGUGGAGGACUACAGAGCAGGGGACAUGAUCUGCCCUGAAUGUGGCCUUGUAGUAGGUGACCGUGUAAUCGAUGUCGGCUCCGAGUGGAGAACGUUCUCCAACGAGAAAGCCCUCAAAGAUCCAUCCAGAGUGGGAGAUGCCCAGAACCCACUGCUGAAUGGAGGAGACCUGACUACCAUGAUCAGCAAGGGAACAGGCGCAGCUAGUUUCGAUGAGUUCGGUAACUCCAAGUAUCAGAACCGGCGGACCAUGAGCAGCUCUGACCGGGCCAUGCUUAAUGCCUUCAAAGAAAUCAGCACCAUGGCGGAUCGCAUCAACCUGCCAAGGAACAUCGUAGACAGAACAAACAACUUAUUCAAGCAGGUUUAUGAGCAGAAGAGUCUGAAAGGACGAGCUAAUGAUGCCAUCGCUUCAGCCUGUCUCUACAUCGCCUGCAGACAAGAAGGUGUACCGAGAACAUUCAAAGAAAUCUGCGCCGUCUCCCGGAUCUCCAAGAAGGAGAUUGGCAGGUGCUUCAAACUGAUCCUCAAGGCGCUGGAGACCAGCGUGGACCUCAUCACCACUGGAGACUUCAUGUCCCGCUUCUGCUCAAACCUCGGCUUGCCAAAACAAGUGCAGAUGGCCGCCACCUAUAUCGCCAGGAAGGCUGUGGAGCUCGACUUGGUGCCCGGCAGGAGCCCCAUCUCUGUGGCCGCAGCAGCCAUCUACAUGGCCUCCCAGGCCUCUGCAGAGAAGAAGACCCAGAAAGAAAUCGGAGAUAUAGCCGGUGUUGCAGACGUUACGAUCCGGCAGUCAUACCGCCUUAUCUACCCCCGCGCCGCUGAACUCUUCCCUCCAGACUUCAAAUUCGACACACCUGUCGACAAACUGCCCCAACUGUGAAGACGCUCCCUACACAGUGAUAUUUUUCUGCUGUACUUACAGGAUUGUAUUCUCUUUUUUUUUUUUUUUUUUUAUAAUCAUAUUUGUGUUGGAUUUGGAAGAUUUUUUUCUUGUCCCUCCUAAGACUUCAAGCCUCGGUCAAGGCAAACUCACAGGAAUAAAACGGACACACAUUCCAGUGAUUGAAUAAACAGCUUGCAGACUGUACUUUACAGUAUUUCAAUUGUGUAUAUACUGUAUCAUGUAUAUUAUGUCCAAGUGGGAAAAUGUAAUUGAUGCUUGCAAUUUUAGGCUGGUUUCAUACUGUAUACAUAAAACUUUGUUUUUGUAGAAAAAUGACCAGGUUCUAUUUUGUUAGUUUGUUUGAAUUGUUAUGGAUUAAUUUAAAACCAACAAAAGAUUUUCAGUAAAGCAUGGUAAGCAGCUCAUGGUUUGAAUAACAUUAAACGUUUGUUUACAUAAAACCUGUUUUACUCAAAUUCUUCAAAAUGGGGAAAAAAACUCCAGUUCAACUUCAGCUGUAGUUUCAAUGACAUGAGUUCAAGCAAUUAAUUAAAAAAAAACCUAACUCAUGAAGGAUGUGUACAAAUAAAAACAAUGCCACUAUUACAAAUGUUUAAUUUGUGCAUUCAUGAUAGGUAACAAACAACUGCAAAAAUUCCUUUUCUGAUUUUUACACCGGGAUGAAGAGCGACAGUUGUGACUUGAGAAUUGGUGUACCAUCCGUAAAGUUCUUGUCUGUUCUGGCAACAACAUGCACAAGCAAGGAAUAAAAAAAAAAAAAAAAAAAAAACUUUGUACAAUCUAUUUUCAUCAUUAAGAAACGUAGAUAAUUAAAAACUAUUGAUAAAAUUAGUGCUUUCAGCUUGUGUACAUACAGUAUGUAUAUAUAAUAUACCCUGCCCUCCCCUGUAGUGAUUCAUAUCAACAGCUCUGCAAACAUUUGAGUCAAUUUCUAGAAAACAUGCAAAUUGACAGAAAGUCAUGGGCUGGUAGAAGGGAAGACCUGAAGUGACUGAGUUUAAUGUUUACUGUUCCCAAAUAACUCAGCACUUGUGGAUUUUUAAAAAAAAUCAUCACUGGAUUCACUGUCAGACCAUCCACCAGAUUACAUUUAUUUAUUUUUUUUAAAUCAAGUUUUCUUUUUUUGUCUGCAGCUUCUAGAGGGACAGGAUGAGUUUGGUUUUGGUAGCUGUAACUGUGCGAGUCACUUUUUAGUGUUUCCACUCUUGACUGAGGUAACGACGACAAUGCUGUCAGGUGAAUAAAAAGAAGAAAAAAAAAAACAGGACAACAGGAUUUGAAAUUCAACUGAACUCAUCUUCAUGUCAGAAGCACAAAGUUUGAUUUCAUUGCUCAAAAGCUUGAAUUGAGCUGAAGCUGCAGAACCAGGGCACAUCUAAAAGAAAACAAUUAAGGGUUUUUUGCAUUGUUUAAUCUGGUCUAA